AUGGGUGAUGUCAUCAGGAAAGCAGCCGCGCCGGCAGGGGAAGGGAAUUAUAAAAAGGCCCAGAAGAAUGAGAGGGAGUCCAUCAGGCAGAAGUUGGCUCUGGGCAGUUUCUUCGACGAUGGCCCAGGACUUUACACCAGCUGCAGCAAGAGCGGCAAGCCCAGCCUCUCCUCCCGAUUACAAAGUGGGAUGAACCUGCAGAUUUGCUUCGUGAAUGACAGUGGCAGUGACAAGGACAGCGAUGCCGAUGACAGCAAGACAGAAACCAGCCUGGACACGCCGUUGUCGCCUAUGAGCAAGCAGAGCUCAUCCUACUCUGACAGAGACACGACGGAGGAAGAGUCGGAAUCCCUCGACGACAUGGAUUUCCUCACCAGGCAAAAGAAACUCCAAGCUGAAGCCAAAAUGGCCUUGGCUAUGGCAAAGCCCAUGGCCAAAAUGCAGGUCGAGGUGGAAAAGCAAAACAGGAAGAAGUCGCCAGUAGCGGAUCUUCUUCCACAUAUGCCUCAUAUAAGUGAAUGCCUGAUGAAGAGAAGUUUAAAACCCACUGACCUAAGAGACAUGACUAUCGGGCAGCUACAAGUGAUAGUCAAUGAUCUCCAUUCACAGAUAGAAAGCUUGAAUGAGGAGCUGGUGCAGCUGCUGCUCAUCCGGGACGAGCUGCACACGGAGCAGGACGCGAUGCUGGUGGACAUCGAGGAUCUGACAAGACACGCUGAAAGUCAGCAGAAGCACAUGGCAGAGAAGAUGCCGGCAAAAUGAAACCCGGAGCCACGGGAGCGGAGCUCAAGCGAGACUUCAUUUUGCUUCUGUGUGUGUCCAAGCGCUGACGUCCACGGUGACGCACAAGAAAACCAGUGUUAGUCAUUGACCAUGUCUGAAGCUUUAUGUCCGGUGAUUGGCCUCUGCUUCUUAAUUUAUUUUAAUUUUUUUACUUGUGCCACUAAAUAUCAGGCAUUUUAAUAAUAUUAUUACAAAAAAUUGUACAGUACUUAUAACAUUAUAAAUCAUGGGUGAGAAGAGAGGGUUAGUUUAACUUUAUUUUUGUUUGUUUAGAGAUUUUCAGUUGAAUGAUAUUUUACCAUUGACUACUUUUUUAUCCUUCACUGUAGUUUUAAAAUAAAGAAACUGUACUUGACGGUGCUAUACAAGUCAAAAAAAUACAUGCCUGCCUCGUAGUGAAGUUGUAGCUUUCAUUAAUAUGUAUAUUUUAAUCAGUUUUCAACAUUUUGUGAAUGUUGACUACCUGACAUUCAUUUUUAGAUGUGCUAUUAACAUUGGGUUGAAUUCAGAGAGUUACCUUGAAAGUUUUAUGUAUAAAUAUGUAAAAUAAAAAUUUAAAAAAUUGUUUCAUAUGAUACAUCUUUUUGUUGCCUAGUGGUUGACU